UAUCCUACUUCUCCCCUCCACCGGGAUAGGAAGAGCGGACGGGGACAGCCUUCCCCCUUUUCCCCGAUCUCGGUGGUUCGCGAGCCGAAGACGGCGGAUGAAGAGAGAGAACGCCAUGGCGGAAGGUGACGAGAACCUUCGCCAAGGAAGCACAGGGGAAGGAGGAGGAGAGCCAUUGGAUCUGCUGGGAAUCGAGUACCACCUCCCCGCCACCGUCCUGGCGACGGUCCUCUCGCGUCUCGAUCUCCGCUCCCUCUGCUCCGCCGCCGCCACCUGCCGCUCCCUCCACGCCUGCGCCUCACACACCCUUUCCUUCCUCCCCUCCUUCCACCUCCUGGAUAUCACGCCGACGCUGGAUCUGCUUAGGCCUUUGCUGCCUCCGAACCCUUACCUCCGGAGCCUCCGGCUGGACUGCGGUCGCCUCGAUGACUCCUCGAUCGGAUAUCUUGCGAGGCCUUCGCUCCACGAGCUCUGCCUCCAUAACUGCGAGAACUUGAGCGGGAGGCUCUUGUCCACGGUGGGAGCGAAAUGCCAUGAUCUCAGAACUCUCUCUUUGAGCUCUUUAGCUGAGCGUAGACGACUUCCAAUUCUUUUUUCUGAUCUAGAGGAACUGCUUAAUGGAUGUUCUCAGCUAGAGUAUCUGAGCCUGGCACUUGAUGUCUCAACAUUUGACAACCCUAAAUUUGGUCAUGUCUGGGCAACUGCAUCAGAAAGACUAUCUACUCUUGAGCUUGGUUAUAUUCCUACGUCAAUGCUGACUGAACUGAUCAAUUCAACUGUGGAGUCACGUCGGCCCCCAAAUCAUGUAAAACUACCAUUCUUUCCAAGCCUCCAGAAGUUAUGCCUUGCGGUAGACUAUAUUACGGAUUACUUGGUUGGAUCUAUUGCGGAGGGCCUUCCUUUGCUGACCCAUUUGGAUCUUCAAGAUGCUCCCAUUAUGGAGCCUAUCAUAGCUUCUGAUCUCACAAAUGCUGGUCUCCAACAGAUCAAUCCACAUUGCAAAUUGAAACACAUUUCACUGAUACGAAGCCAGGAGUUCUUAUUCACGUACUUCCGUCGAGUGAAUGAUCUAGGCAUCCUUUUGAUGUCUGAUUCUUGCUCUUCAUUGGAGAGUAUCUCCCUUGGUGGUUUCUGCCGUGUCACAGAUACUGGUUUCAGGGCAAUUAUACACUCAUGCUCUAGCCUCCGGAAACUUAGAGUUUCACAUGGAAGCCACCUGACAGAUCUGGUGUUUCAUGACAUCUCAGCUACUUCCCUGUCUCUGACACAUGUUAGUUUGAGGUGGUGUAAUCUCUUAACCAACCUUGGGAUCUGGGGAUUAUCAUAUAACAAAGAGCUUAGCAUUCUUGACCUAAGAGAUUGUCGAAAUGUUGGUGACGAGGCAGUAAAAGCAUUAAGCUAUCUUCCUAAAUUACAGACAUUAUUAUUGGAUGGUACUGACAUCAGUGAUUUGGGAGUGUCAUACCUGGGUCAUGGGAAGUGUCUUUUGGCCUCAUUGUCUCUCAGAGGGUGCAAAAGACUAACAGAUGACUGCAUCUCAUCUAUCUUUGGUGGUAUGGUUCGGUCGAGCCUGCAAGUUUUAGACCUAUCAAGGCUUCCCUAUCUCUCAGACAAUGGCAUUUUGUUACUGGCAAAGAGUAGGACUCCAAUCAUUGAACUCCACAUCCGAGAAUGCCCUCACAUAGGGGAUACUUCAGUCAUGGCUCUAGCAUCAAUGCAGGUUGAAGGUGGGUCCUAUGGGAGUAGCUUGUGUUUGCUGGAUCUUUAUGGCUGUGGUGAUAUUACACCACUUGCAAUCCGAUGGUUUAAGAAGCCUUACUUCCCAAGGUUGAGAUGGCUGGGAGUGACAGGGAGCUUGAACCGAGAUAUGGUGGAUGCUCUGGUAAGAAGCCGACCUUUUUUGCAUCUUGCAUGCCGUGGCGAGGAACUAGGAACAGGAUAUUGGGAUACAUCAUGUGGCUGGUAUAGGCAUGAAGAGGAUGAGCUUGAUGAACUUGAACAGUGGCUCUUGGAAGGUGAGGAUGCUAGUGGUGAUGAAGACAUGAUGGAGUGAUUCUUGUGUUAAAUACUAUAUUGUAUGUAAUUUGCACCAUGUUUAUCUUUAACCUUGUUGGUUAUGUAAGUUAUUGCUUGUAACUGUAAUUGUUGCUCUUGAUCGAUGAACUUGGAGCAGCUAAUGGUUCUUCUUGUCCACUAAGUGAUCGACAACAUACUGGUAGCUUUUUCUGAGUAGAUUAAUCCAUGUAGUAGAAGUAAGAGAUCAGGUGUGUUCUGAAUUUGGCAAAAAUCUGUUUCAGUUGAUGCUCCUUAUUCAGCUUUUUGUUUAGGAU